GUAUCUGAUCAAACUAUUUUGACAAAAAGAGUAUAGGUGUAUUGUCUGUCUUGUACUUCCAUAAAUUACACCGUCUAGUCGAAUCCUUCUCUCUCUCUCUCUCUCUUACACGCACACGCACACGCACGCACAGAAAAUAGUGAAAAUGGCAGAAGAAAAGGAGUCCACGUCGUCGAGUUCGCCUCUUCAAGGUCACCAUGUCGAAGAUCCAGAAUAUUCUCCUCCAAACUCUACCAAUUCUUCCACUCGCAAGGCUUGCUAUGCUGUUCUCCAAAGUUGGGUUUCGAAAAAGUUUAUGACUGGAUGUGUGGUUCUCUUUCCCGUGGCUGUCACAUUUUUUAUCACAUGGUGGUUUGUUCAGUUUGUUGAUGGUUUCUUCAGCCCCAUAUAUGAAAGAAUGGGAGUUGAAAUAUUUGGUCUUGGAUUCGUUACGUCAUUAAUUUUCAUAUUCUUUAUUGGCAUAUUUGCUUCAUCAUGGGUGGGUGCCACUGUUUUCUGGUUGGGAGAAUGGUUUAUAAAGCGAAUGCCCUUUAUGAAACACAUAUAUUCAGCAUCCAAACAAAUUAGUGCUGCCAUUUCUCCAGACCAAAAUACCACUGCUUUUAAGGAGGUCGCAAUCAUCCGCCAUCCUCGUGUUGGUGAAUAUGCUUUUGGUUUUAUCACAUCAUCGGUUGUUCUUCAGAGAGAGAAUGGGGAUGAAGAGCUAUGCAGUGUUUAUGUCCCAACAAAUCAUUUGUACAUAGGGGACAUAUUUCUGGUUAAUUCUGAGGAGAUCAUAAGACCAAAUUUGUCUAUUCGAGAAGGCAUAGAGAUCAUUGUCUCAGUAGGAAUGUCAAUGCCGCAGGUGAUUUCUCCUAUAGAGAGGAUCCCACUGAACAGAAUGAUUUAGAAGGAAAAAUUAUCAUCUGGUGGACUGGUGAUUUGUGACUACUAUGUGUCAUUACUUUUGAAGAUGUAUCCAGUUUUCCUUGUUUGUGUUUAAUAAAUACAAAAAGAUAUGUUUACUAAUAUGGGUGGUUAAAUCCAAAGUUCGUCAUUAGGGAAUUAGUUGUGCGGCAUCUAGUACUGAACUGGAGUUCCCAGUUGCAAGUGUUUAAGUCAAAAUACCUUCUGUAUAUCUCUUAAUGUUUUUACCUUUUAUGAUUGUGUAAAAUGAAGUGGAAAUGCUGGAACCUGGUUUAGUUGGGAUACCUUGU